AUGGAAAGAUUAAUAGUACGAGAGUGGGUUGAAAUUAUUUCAAACCCUAUUGCUUUCGGAAUUCAAGAACAACAAAUAAUUAGUCAUACAGACUUACCUGUGGUAAAAGAUGAACUGUCAUUGACAUUGAGACUGAAACUUCAAAGUCAUUCUUCUAGCUGGGCUACUAUUUUUCACAAAGGCAACUGGGAUAGUAAUGCAGGAAUUAUGGAACUAGGCGAUGGGCUUUCUUUACAAAGAUGGUACCAUAUAGCUUAUACACUUUCUGACUCCGAAAAAAGAUUAGAUGUCUAUCUAGAUGGUGAAUGGCUCGGGUUUUACAGUAUUCAAGAAGUUAAAAAGCAAAGGGUUAUCUUCAAUGAUGGACCACUGCAUAUCGGUAAAGCUUUCUCUUGGAACGGAUUUAAUGGUGAAAUAAGAAAUGUUCGUUAUUUUAACUGGCGUUUAUCAGUUGGGGAAGUGAAAGAAGAUUUUUUUAAAAAAUCAAUCACAUAUGGGUCAAAAGUUGCACUCGUUCAUGUGACUACAGGAAAAUAUUUGUCCACUAAAGAGAUUAAAUAUGACUCAGGACCAGAUAAUAAACAAUAUAUGGUUAUUUGCAGUAACCAAUAUAUAGAUUUGAUAAAUGAUGUUUGGACGAUUAUUGGGGCUCAUGAUGAAAAUGUAAAUACAGAGCAUUCCGUAUCCUUUAAUACAGUUAUUGGAUUUAAGCAUCAAGCAACAAAAUUAUAUUUACAUUCCCAUAGCACGUCUGUUGAAGUUAUACCCAAAUCAAAUUAUCAGCAAGUGACACUUGACGAUGGUAGAAAUUUUGAUGACGAUUGGGAAAUUAAAAGUUUUGGCCCUGGCAUUUUCUAUAGUUAUUUGAGAAAUGAAGAUACUAUAAGUCUUUUCCAUACAGCUACUGGUAAACCAGCACUUUACAGCCAACCUGCCUUAUUAUUGGAUGAUGGAAGCCAAGAGGUUUGCUGCUAUGGAAAUGAAAAUGAUGAGAAUAAUAAGUGGUUUAUUAAAUUAAUUGAAUAA